AUGGCAAACAGUGCUUUUGACAUUAGAGACUGUGUGUUAACGACAAAUAUUCCGGUGGACUGUGAAACGGACGCCUGUGAGGAGAUAAAUCUGAGCGUUUUACGGGAAAUGCGGGUUGUUCGCAGUAGGAGCUCACUCCUUCAUCCGGAAAUGGUAGAGAGCAUGAAUGCUACGGCUGAACUUGUGAGUGAUCAUUUAUACAGACAGCGUGUUGGUGAGAAGUUGCGAUGUCUUGAUGUUAAACCACCUGUGGAUCAUGUGAAUCGCAUAGGCCAGAUGAUUUACGAUGGGAGUUGUGCUAGGCUGAAAAGCAAGAGGGUGAUGGAGUCCGUUUGUGGGAGAAGGAGAUUUUGGACGAGGAGCGUUGGAGAUGUUAUGAUCAGAGGUGGAACUAGUUUAACUAUUUCUGGAAAAAAAAUAAUAAAAUAG